AUGAAGGUAAUUCGCAGCCGCGGCUGGAGGCCAGACUGCAACCCCGAGCGUCAGAAAGCAGGCAGAGAGACACGGAGCACCAUGCGGCCCGCCGGCACGGAGCGGAGGGGCACCAAUGCCUCUGCUCUGGAGAAAGACAUUGGCCCGGAGCAAUUCCCAAUCAAUGAACACUACUUUGGAUUGGUCAAUUUUGGAAACACAUGUUACUGUAACUCAGUGCUCCAGGCUCUCUACUUCUGCCGGCCUUUCCGGGAGAACGUGCUGGCUUACAAAGCCCAGCAGAAGAAGAAGGAGAACCUGCUCACAUGCCUGGCUGACCUCUUCCACUCUAUUGCCACACAGAAGAAGAAAGUGGGCGUCAUCCCGCCCAAGAAGUUCAUCUCCCGCCUACGGAAGGAGAACGGUGAGAGCCCAUACCUGAGACAGGAAAGGCCUCAGUUUCGUAAAACAGGAACCUACCAGAGCUCAGGACUGGCUUAUAAUUGUAUGAGUUGUGUGCCAAAUGAAGAGUAAAACAUAUAGAUAAAAUAUUUUAUAUUUCAGAACAACUGAAAAGUUUGCAAACCAUGUAUGGAAGCUUGCCAUAAAUAGGCUUUGGAUGAAUUCAU